AUGCAUAUCUUGUUGCGUGACGAUGUCGGGGGAGGUGGACGUGAACACCUUGGUGUGGCCUUGUGUGACGAUGGUCAGCUUGGCCUUGGCUCGCACGUCGACCUUAAGAUUGACCUUGUCGCCAGCCACCAGUCCGCCGCCUGUAGGGUGGAUGGGGUGCCAAGAGGGGAGGGUUGGCUAUGA